UUUAACUCUCUUCAACCCACUGAAACUAUUGACAAAAUGGAGCUAUUUUAUCUUCGCCUUUUCCAAGUCCUCGGAUUUGUCCCCGUUUCACUGGAAACUUUCACUAAUAGUAAAACCAUAACAACUUCUUACCCUCGUCUUAAAAAACUAUUCGCCUUCGCCAGAAUAAAAUACUUUCCAACCUUGUUUUUCACCUGCUUUUCACUUCUCCUCUUCGCUACUUUCAUCCAUAACAUUUCAUCAUGUUCAACUACUGAAAUCCUAAAUAUCUUGAAAUCUCGGGGCACGUAUUUUUUCGUUCUCUUCAUCAAAUCCGUGUCUCACAUGUGUUGCGCUACUUUCAUCAAGAUGGACAUGGCACUCGAAAGAAAUAAGCUUUUCAAUUUUUACAAAGACUUCUGUCUACUUCUGAGCAAAUUGGGUUCAUCAAAAAAAACUAAAAAUCGGUAUUAUUUCCGGUUUAAGAUAGAGUUUGCCACUUUCCUCGCAAUAAUUACGUACUGGAGUGUGGAAAUGUACUUUACCGUGUCAAGAAUUUCUCCAUCUCGGGAAGUUAUUUUUCUCCGAGUGGGCCCAGUCGUGCUGGGAUACUAUCAUUCCGCCUUCGCUUUUCUCCAGGUGUUCUUGCUUAUCUGGUAUUUAGAAAUUUUGAAAAGAAUAAGGGCCAUGGUAAAGAACCAACUUAAAACUACAAACCCAAUGCCAGAAUUCCAUCGUCCUGGUGACGAUAUCAGCUCGGACAAGAAGAGGCCCCAAUUGCAAAGAUACUUUAGAGAUAAUGACCCUGAAUUGAAUUCAUUAUCAAGAAAAUGGGAUUACAACGAAAUAAUUGAUGUCUAUAAUAGUGUGAGGGAGCAGGUUGUAGAAUUUGGGAGAUUGUUUGGUACCUGGGUUGCCUUGGAUAUUGGUCAUAGCGUGCUGCGAAUUAUAUUUUCUGGGUAUUUCAUCGCCUCAAUUAUGUCUCGAAAGCAGCCCAUGUUUUCGCAAAUUGUGCAAAACUUUCUGACCAUGGUUGUUUAUUCGUACCUGCUCUACAUGGUGGCCAGACGAGGGUCAGAGUUGGAAUCAGAAAGUCGGGAUAUGUUAAUGGAGUUGGGAAAGUUGGAUAAUUUGAAGAAUUUGAACAACUGCAAGACUUGCAGAUUACAAAACAUGGAGGCAAUUCAGAUCAAGACGAAAUUCAUGACCCUAAAUUUAGGAAUCAUCACACCCAUUUUGCCUACAAUUACAACAAAUUUACUGGUACUCAUACAAUUCCACAGUACCGACAAAGGUAAUUGUUCUACUGCAACAAAGUCAACUUGAUGAACAGAUUGGAACAUGGCCAACCUUGCUUCAAAAUUUAAAAUUUAAAUGGAUGCAUUUAUUAAAAUGGAAGGCUUCAAUAUGUAUAUGUAUAAUUUUAGUUGUUUCACUAUGAUGCAGAAUAUUAUUGCAUAUUUAUGCAAUUAUGCCCUUCUAAAAAAUUGCUAUUAA